AUGGCCGCGAUGUCAGUUAUAGGUAUUGAUUUCGGCAAUGAAUCGUGUUAUAUUGCUGUUGCAAAAGCAGGUGGCAUUGAGACAAUAACUAACGAUUAUAGUCUUCGAGGUACACCAUCAUGUGUGGCCUUUUCCCCAAAGAAUCGAAUAUUAGGUGUAGCUGCCAAAAACCAAAUGGUAACAAAUAUGAAAAACACCGUAUUUGGCUUCAAACGACUCCUAGGUAGGAAAUUUUCGGAUCCUCAUGUGCAAAAGGAACUGAAACACUUUCCGUUUAAAGUAGAACAGCGGGCAGAUGGUGGAAUUGGAAUAAGAGUAAAUUACCUUGGCGAAGAUAAUGUGUUUAGUCCAGAACAGAUUACAGCUAUGUUAUUCACAAAAUUGAAAGAUAUAGCAACAACUGCUCUUCAAACUCAGGUUAAUGAUUGUGUCAUAUCAGUACCUAGUUACUUCACUAAUGCAGAAAGGAAUGCCCUUUUAGAUGCGGCAAGCAUUGCCGGUCUAAAUGUACUUCGUCUUAUGAAUGAGACCACUGCAACUGCACUAGCAUAUGGAAUUUACAAACAAGAUUUACCAGCUCUGGAAGAAAAACCUCGCAAUGUUGUUUUCGUUGACUUUGGUCAUAGUUCUCUUCAGGUAGCUGCAUGUGCAUUUAAUAAGGGUAAAUUAAGGGUGCUGGCAACAGCUUCAGACCCGUAUUGUGGUGGCAGAGAUUUAGAUAUGGCAAUGGCAGAAUACUUCUGCCAAGAUUUUGUAACCAGAUAUAAACUUGAUGCUAGAAAAAAUCAGAGAGCUUUUCUGCGUCUCUUACAAGAAGUUGAGAAGCUUAAAAAGCAAAUGUCAGCCAAUAGCACUCGUCUCCCGUUAAAUAUUGAAUGCUUUAUGGAAGAGCGCGAUGUGUCUGGUGAUCUACAACGCACCCAAAUGGAACAGAUUUGUGCUGAUACAUUCAAUAGAGUGGAAAGAACUCUGAGGGCUAUAUUGCAUAAUGCUAAAUUAAGACCUGAAGAUAUAAGUUCAGUAGAAAUUGUAGGAGGUUCCACUAGGAUACCAGCUGUAAAGGGUCUAAUUGAGCAAGUAUUUGGCAAACAAGCUUCUACUACUUUAAAUCAGGACGAGGCGGUGUCGCGCGGCUGCGCGCUGCAGUGCGCCAUGCUGAGCCCGGCCGUGCGCGUGCGCGACUUCAGCGUGGCCGACGCGCAGCCCUACGCCGUGCGCCUCGCCUGGGACGCCGCGCGCGGCGAGGACGGCGACAUGGAGGUUUUCCCACCGUUCCAUGCUGCACCAUUCUCAAAAAUGCUCACAUUCUACAGAAAGGAACCAUUUACAGUUCGGGCCUAUUAUUCUGAUCAAACGCUAUAUCCUGAUAGUUUCAUUGGUCAGUGGAACAUAAGAGACGUGCAGCCGACGGCGGAGGGCGAAUCGCAAAAGGUUAAACUGAAAGUGCGCGUGAACAUCCACGGCGUCGUGACGGUCGCGUCCGCCUCCCUCGUGGAGAAAAAGCAGGACUCGGCGCAGAGCGAGAACGUCGAGAUGGAGAACUCCAACGACGCCGCCCACGACGCGCCCAUGGACACCAGCGGGCAGGACGCCGCGCCCGACCAAGAGGAUCAAAAUGAUGAUAAAAAGGAUAAGUCUAAGGACAAAUCUAAGAAGGUGUUGGUGAAAACUAUUGAAUUGCCCAUCGACGCUCAAACCCAUGGCUUUGCUCAACAUGAGCUUAACGCUUACAUGGAACAAGAGGGUAAAAUGCAAGCCCAAGAUCGUCAAGAGAAGGAGCGCGCCGACGCUCGCAAUGCCCUCGAGGAGUACGUGUACGAGCUGCGAGGCAAGUUGUCCGAGGGUGAGGUAUUACACGACUUUGUGGCUGAGGACCAGCGCCAGAAACUUGUGAACCAACUCGAUGCUCUCGAACAGUGGCUUUACGAUGAAGGCGAAGAUCAAAACAGACAGGUGUACAGUGAUAAACUGGCAGAGUUACGGACAGAAGGUGAACCUAUUAAACAACGACGACUUGAAUUCGAACUGCGCCCCGCUGCUCUUGAAGAGUUUGCUCUCUCGAUCCAGCUAACCAAUAAAGCUAUUGACUUGUACAGAGCCGGCGACGCCAAGUACGCGCACCUGUCGGAGGCGGACAUGCAGAAGGUGGCGGAGGCGCAGCAGAGCGCGGCGGCGUGGCUGGAGGCGGCGCGCCAGGCGCUCGCGCGCGCGCCCCCGCACCUGCCGCCGCCGCACACCACGCACCAGAUCCGACAGGAGCGACAGUCGUUCGAGAACACCGUGAACCCUAUCUUGAACAAACCCAAGCCCAAGGAGAAGACGCCGCCGCCCGCGCCCACCGGCGACGCCCCGCCGCCGGCCGCCGCGCCCGCGCCCGACCACAUGGACGUGGAG